GUGGAACUCACUCUGUAGACUAGGCUGGCCUCCAACUCAGAAAUCCACCUGCCUCUGCCUCCCAAGUGCUGGGAUUAAAGGUGUGUCCCACCACCCACGGGUCUCUCAUUCCUCAUUUCACCAUCAUCAUCAUCUUAUGACAAGUCUGGCCUUAAAGUUGCCACAUAGUCAAGGAUGGCCUUGGAGUCCUGAUCCUUCUUCAUCUCCCAAGUGCUGGGAUUGCAGAGUUUGUAUGCUGCUGGGGAAGAAAUGAACCCAGGGAGUCCUGCAUGCUAGGCAAGCAUUCUGCAACCGUACAACCCCAGCUCCAUCUUUUCUCUUCAACAUCUCAGUAUCUCUUUUCUGCAUUGUUCCGCUUUUCUGGCUUACUCUACUAAAAAAAAAAAGUAUUCUUGGUUCCUUCUGCUCUCCUGCCUCCAUGCUGGCUGCUCUACCCAGGGCCGUUGUCUUGUUUGCCCCCACACUGUGUCUGAUGCAGGGUGGCAGUGUUAAGCAAGCUUCAUGUCACCACACAGAGACAAUGAGAGGUUGUCACUCUUAGGGCACCCGAGAAGCCCUUGGGCGACACACCAUUAAGCCCACAUCUGGAAUCUGGGAGAUAAGGACAUCAUUGGUGAAGUGCUUGCCAGCAAACCUGGAGGCCUGAGUCUGAUCCCUGAAACCCAUUCAGUGACUCUGUCUUAUUUGUUUGUUGUUGUUUUGCUUUGUUUUUUUUUUUUUAGACAGGGUUUCUCUGUGUAGUCCUGGCUAUCCUGGGACUCACUCUGUAGACCAGGCUGGCCUCAGAUUCAGAGAUUCAUCUACCUCUGCGUCCUGGAGAACCUGGACUAAAGGUGUGCGACACCUCUGCCCAUUGUGACUUACCCCUAAAUAUCAUUGUUGGUGAGCUGGAACUAAACCAAACUGGCAAGCUCCAGGACCCAAUUAGAGUCCCUGCCUCAAGACAGGAUUGGCUGGGGCCGUCUGUGGUUACAUGACUUUAACCCCAGUCCUAGGGAGGCAAAGACAGGAGGAUCUCUGAGAUCGAGACCACCAGUGAGUUCCAGUACAGCCAGGGCUACAUAGUAAGACCCUGUCUCAAAACGAACAAACAAAAAACAGGGUGGGAUUCACCCGAGGAGUGACCGCUGAGUUUGACCUCCACAGGCACAAGCACAGAUGCACGGACGGACUUUCACGUGGUGCAUGCACAUGCGCACAUACGCAAAGAGAUCUUAUCUGAGCCAGGUGUGGUAGCACACUUGCCUGUCAUCCUGUCUGCUGCAGAAUCUGAGGCAGAUCGUAACCCCGCACUGGGCUAUAGAAUGUGUUUGAGGUCUGGACCCGAAAGAUUCUGCCUAUUCCCUCGCUUCUGUGUGGGUCCAGAAGAUGUGUGUCCUUCAAUUUCAAGGCAGCAGACCUCCAGAUUCAGAUGACCAAAGAGCCACAGAAGAAGCCAGAUCCUAGCCAGCCAUUGCUGUUUGGAAAGAUAUUCACAGACCACAUGCUGAUGGUGGAGUGGAACAGCAAGACAGGCUGGAGCCCUCCAAGGAUCCAGCCCUUCCAGAACCUCUCACUACACCCAGCCUGCUCAGGUCUGCACUACUCUCUGCAGCUCUUUGAGGGCUUGAAAGCAUACAAAGGUGGAGACCAGCAGGUACGCCUCUUCCGGCCCUGGCUCAACAUGGACAGGAUGCUGCGUUCUGCAAGGCGCCUCUGCCUGCCAGACUUUGACAAGCAGGAGUUGUUGGAGUGCAUCCGCCAGCUCAUUGAAGUAGACAAAGACUGGGUUCCCGAUGGCAAUGGAACGAGCCUCUAUGUGCGGCCCAUACUGAUUGGGAAUGAGCCCUCGUUGGGUGUCGGUAUGGUCACACAAGCCCUCCUGUAUGUCAUUCUGUGCCCUGUGGGCUCCUACUUCCCUGGAGAUUCCAUGACACCUGUCUCCCUCCUGGCGGACCCCACAUUUGUCAGAGCCUGGAUAGGUGGAGUCGGUGACUGCAAGUUGGGGGGGAACUAUGGACCCACUGUGGCUGUGCAACAAGAAGCCCAGAGGAAAGGUUGUGAGCAGGUCCUCUGGCUGUAUGGGCCGGACCACCAGCUCACUGAGGUGGGCACCAUGAACAUCUUUGUCUACUGGACUCAUGAAGAUGGAGUACUGGAGCUGGCAACCCCGCCGCUGAAUGGCAUCAUCCUGCCUGGAGUGGUUCGACAAAGCCUGCUGGAUCUGGCCAGGACUUGGGGUGAGUUCCGGGUGGCAGAGCGCAAAGUCACUAUGAAGGAAUUAAAGCGGGCACUGGAGGAGGGCCGAGUGCGAGAAGUCUUCGGGUCAGGCACUGCUUGUCAAGUCUGCCCUGUGCACCAAAUCCUGUAUGAAGGCAAGCAACUCCACAUUCCUACCAUGGAGAAUGGGCCAGAGCUCAUCCUGCGCUUCAAGAAGGAGUUGAAGGCUAUUCAGUACGGAGCCAGUGCACACGAUUGGAUACUUUCGGUGUGACGUUUCGCUGUGCCCUCCCUGGUUGGAUCCGCAGACGUGCCGCAUCCAGUCCAGCGUCCUCGCCUCCCAGAGACUCAAGAGAAGUGCAAUAGGGAAAGGUCUGCCCAGAUGCUGGAUCUCUGGCACCCUCACGUGGACGUUAUUACACUCCAAAGCCUUAAGGGCGGGACCCAUGCAGUUUGGACCCCACCUCAAAUUUUGGGUCUCAGGACUCAGCUGCUCCGCGUCCUGGUGUUCAAGGGAGAACACCAGGCUUCUCUAUCUCCGUUCUCAGGCCGGAUUCCCGGUGCUCUUCGUGUCCAUUUCCCCCCCCUUUUCUCUGCCCUUGCUGCAAUUUUGAAAUAAAAUGCCAAAGAACAAGA